GAGAGGUGCUUCAGAGAGAGCACCAGCCAUACUGUUUCUAUAGGCUCUCGUACGUUCGCGACUGUGAUUAAACAUUGCCUAAGAGAGCGUCGCGAGCGGGUUGUUUUUACAGGCAAAUCAGGAAUGUUUCUUCCGCUUCCCAAUAAAAAAAACUAAACGGAAGUUAAACUGGUAGGCCCCUGUGUGUGGGGGUCAUCUUCCCCUUAGCUGUCUGCUGGUGUCCGUCAAGUAGAAGACCAACACGUCCUGUUUCCUGAAGCCCUGCCUUCUGGAUCAGGUUUAUAUAAAGGGGUUCGGUCUGUUUUCGGCUGUUGAGGGAAGUGAAGGGGCCAGAAUCCUAGCGUGUCCUGUUUCCCAGGCAAUGAAGCUGCAGGCGGUGAUGGAGAACCUGCACAGACAGCAGAGAGCCAAACUGCUGAUGGAGCAGGCGGGGCAAUCGCAUAGCCCCGCCCCUGUAGGGGAGGAGCUGAAAGCAAUCUCUGUCUCUGAAACAGAGCAGGCGCAGAUGGCGGCGCUAGCAGCAAUGCGUGCAGUAGCAGCUGGACUUCAGAGGGCCGACAGCCCCAUGUCUGAGCACAGCAGUGGAGGAGGCGAAGUUGAUGAGGAGGAGGAUGAAGAGGAAGGGGAGGAGCAAUACAAAGAUAUGAUGGGGUCUGAGGAGGAAGAGCAGAUAAAGCAGAAAUGGGAUGAAGAUGACUUUGAGGGUGAGAUGGAAGAAGACUAUGAUGACGAUUUAGGUGACGAAGUGCUACCGUCAGGCCGUGAGGCCGUCACCCCAGGCAGAGGCAUCCUCCUCUUACCCCACCGCCAUUUACACCCUCACUCCCAGCUGCUUAAGGCUCGGCCUGGUUCUGAAAGUGAACCGCGGACAUUGACUCACUCCACACAUUCAUCCCACGGGCCGCUCCAUGGACAGGACCACGCAGACUGGACCUAUGAGGAGCAGUUCAAACAGCUCUAUGAACUGGACAGUGACCCAAAGAGGAAGGAGUUCCUGGACAAUCUGUUCAGCUUUAUGCAGAAGAGAGGGACUCCAGUGAACAGGAUUCCCAUCAUGGCCAAGCAGGUGCUGGACCUCUACAUGCUGUACCAGCUGGUGACAGAGAAGGGGGGGCUGGUGGAGGUCAUAAAUAAAAAGUUGUGGAGGGAGAUCACGAAGGGCCUGAACUUGCCGACCUCCAUCACCAGUGCUGCCUUCACUCUCAGAACACAAUAUAUGAAGUAUCUGUAUCCUUACGAAUGUGAGAAGAGGGGUCUCAGCAACCCCAAUGAGCUGCAGGCAGCCAUCGACAGUAACCGGCGAGAGGGACGCAGGCAGGGCUUCGGUAGCUCGCUCUUCACCUACUCGCCCAACGGGACACCCACAAUGCUCUCAUCACCCAAACUCUCCAUGCCACCCAUGGGCAUCGCCCUGCCCAGCAAUGGAGCCUUAGUCUCAUCCUUACAGAAAAUUAAGAAAGAGGAUGACGGGGUUCAGACUCGUCUGCCUGCGUCUCUGGCCACUCAUUCGGUAGCUGCGGCCCAGGCUGCGGCUGCACAGGCGGCCACCAUCACACAGGUAGCUGCACUGGAGCAGCUGCGGCACAAGCUGGAGUCCGGCGAGCCCCCAGAGAAAAAGAUUGCACUACCACUGGAGGAACACCAGCGGCUACUGCAGAGAGCCCUUCAGCACAACCUGCUGGCUAUGACAGCACAGAUCCCCAUGAACAUCCGCAUCAACAACCAAGAGAGCAGGCAAGACUCAGCCUUGAACCUGACCACCAAUGGCCUAAACAGCAUCAGCAUGUCGUUGGAGCUCAAUGGAGUCGUCUACACCGGUGUUCUCUUCGCCCAGGCCGCAGCACCGACCUCAUCAGGGGCAUCCAACAAAUCUUCCGCAGGCAACAGCGGGCCUCAAUCUGUUCACCACACACCUACCUCAUCCUCCAACAACCAGUCGCCUUAGCACCUCAGACUCUCUCCGUCACUGCAAAACCAAAGCCAAAAAACCUCAGUUACUACAGAAGAUAUGCCAAAAAAAAA